AUGACACAGAGCUCCCCAUGCUCGUGGCUAGGUGUAAUCUGUGAUGACAAAGGUCGUGUUGUGGCCUUGAAGCUACCCGGUAAGGGACUCAGUGGAACCAUUCCUUCAAUGACAUUAGGAAACCUAACUCACCUUACCAUCUUGAGCCUUCGAUUCAAUGGUUUUUUGGGUGCCCUCCCCUCCGACAUAGUGAAAUGCACAAACCUUCGGAGCCUUUACUUGCAGAGCAACCACCUCUCCGGUAACAUCCCUGACUUCCUCUUCCAGCUUCAUAAUCUCGUCAAUUUGGACCUCGCCAUGAACCAAUUUUCUGGUGGGAUCCCUGCCCAAUUCAAUGACUUAACAAGGUUGGUUACCUUAGAUAUUGAUGACAAUCGAUUGGAAGGCCCUAUUCCUGCCCUUAAACUACGACAUCUAAAGAAAUUCAACGUGUCCUUCAAUAGGCUAAAUGGGUCAGUGCCCUCGAGCUUGAUGUCCUUCGGCACCGAGUCUUUCUUAGGGAAUUCGCUAUGUGGAGCUCCAUUAGCGCCUUGUCCAGGAGGAAGAACUAGUGGGCUUGCUCUUGGGUUGAUAAUAGCCAUUGCAAGUGCAUCAUUAGCCGUGUUUAUUCUUUUUCAUACGGCUAUAUUCUUGUUCUUUUGCAAGAAAAAGUCCAAAAGAGGAGGCAAGUUUGGGGAAACCAAUAGAAGGACAACGGUAGAAUCCAGUGAUUCAACUUCAAAGGAAUAUUCAGUAACGAUAAUAGAACCCCAGAAACCAAAGAACAGGCUUGUGUUCUUGAGGGAUGAGAAGAUGUGCUUUGGAUUAGAGGACUUAUUAAGAGCUUCAGCUGAAGUUCUUGGGAAUGGAAGCACAGGGACUACAUACAAGGCAGUUUUCGAAAUGGGCAAAGUGGUUGUCGUUAAACGAUUGAGAGGUGUGGACGUCGGAGAGAGGGAGUUCGUGAAUCAAAUGAAAAUCAUAGGAAAGAUGGAGCAUGAGAAUGUGGCUACCCCGAGCGCUUAUUAUUUCUCCAUGGAUGAGAAGUUGCUGGUCUACGAUUACUUUCCAAUGGGCAGUCUUCAUGGCCACCUCAAAGGUGAUGUAUCUAUAACGUUGCUAUAA